GAGACCUUUAUUUGUUUGUCACACCCUUUAAUCUUUUCAACAACCAUCUUCAACUGCAUUCCUCUGCCUCUGAUCUCCUUUCAAAAUACAGCCUUAAUAAUCUCACACUUGAUCUUCCUGACAUCCUUGAACGAUAGAUUUCUGCGGUUCCGCCAUCAGUCACCAGUGAUCAGGGGGCUGUUUAACGUUGUAUUGUUCUUGCACUGAAAGGAUAAAAGUUAUGGGGAAGAAAUGCGAAGGCUGUAAAAUUGCGGAGAAUUAUAAUUAUUGGUCUGAACUUCCUGCAACAAAACACCAAUUCUUCAAGGUCAUGUAUGGCGAUUUUGAGCACCAAAUGAAUAUUCCUCAGAAGUUCAUGGAGUGUUUCAAGGAGAAACUCUCCCCGUGGUAUACACUUAUAGCGCCAAGUAAACACAAAUGGAAAAUCAGACUCUCGAGUACAUAUGAUGAAAGGCCAUUGGUGUUUACAGAUGGAUGGAAACAGUUUGUUCGUGACAAUGGAGUGGAAACAAAUGACUUCUUAGUGUUCCGUUUUGUUGGAGACUCCUCGUUUGAGGUGUCAGUGUUUGACAAGAGUGGUUGCGAGAAAGAGGGUUGUCACUUUUCCAUUAAUUCCAAUUCAAUCUCAAGAAGAUUCUCUUGUACAAGUAAUCUCCACAUCAACCAUGGUAGUGUGGCUAAAGAAGAAAUUGAGAUUUGUGACUCAUCAUCAGAGGAUUAUUCUUUGUGGAAGGAAGACGAAGAAGAGACUGAGGAUGUAAGUCAUGUAAUAACGGAAGAAAAGAGGGAGAGAAGAGGAGGCUCAAGUGAAGGAAAAUUUCCUCAAAGCCAAAAGUACUUCAUAUCGAAUAGGCGGGAUCUUAAACCUGGAGAAAAGAAAAGGGCUUCCAAGAUGGCAGAGUGUUAUAGGCGCAGCAUGAAGGAUAAUAAGAGAGUGUUUCCUGUGUUUCAGAUAACCAUGCUGCCUACACAUGUUUACAGGGGAUUUAAUCUGACAAUCCCAAAGGUAUGGGCAAAUAAGCAUAUGAUCAAGGAGUCUCACGAGGUGGAGCUGCGUGUCCCAGACUCUACAAAGGGAAGUUGGAGAGUCGGAUGCAGAUGGACAAAAGGAGGAUCCAUACAAUGCCAACUCAGAUCAAAGUGGCCGGUAUUUGUGCUGGAAAACAACUUGGAGGAGCACGAUACAUGUGUAUUUGAGCUGAUUCAGAAAGGAAUUUCAGAUGAUGUUAGAACUCCCAUCUUCAAUGUCCACAUAUUUCGCACUGUUGACCACAUUGUUCCCUUGACUGUGUCAACACGUAUGGUCUAGCUUCGAGGAAAACGUUGCAAGCAUGCUAUCUCUCUCACCCUUUGUUCUGCUAAAACUAUGAGCAUUGUUUUUAUGGAUACUCUAUCGAAUUGUGUGUGUGUUAGAAGUCCCUGAUGACUGAUUACUACUACUUUCAUAAAUCCAUGUUUAUUGGUUGCAGAUGUAAGCUAGAGAUCUUAGAGAGGAGAUGAUUCUAAAUCUACUUCAUUCACCACACCCCUCUACAGAUUCUCUCUUAAAUGCAAAUAUAGUCCUUCAA